GCUAUGUUCUAAUAAAUAGUUCCCGGAAAAUAAUUAAUCUUUGAAAAACAGUAAAUACACUUACAGUCUAUUUAUCUUGAAAAUUUGUCAGAUUACAUGAUAACAUACUGAAGUUUAUACAGAUGAGUUAUUGUUAUCUUUAAGUCGUACAUCGAUAUAUGAAUAUACUUAUUACCUAUAGAUUUUUUAAAUAAAAAUAUAUUGUCGUAAACAUUUUUUACGAGAGUACCUAUUUCUUUAAUUUUAUCACAGUAGUAAUUAUAGAGUUAAAACUUAAAAGUAGUGAUUGUUUUUAACUGAUUUAAUUUAUUGUGAAAUUCUGCCGGACAGUGAGAAAAGAGUGAAAAUAAAAACAUCUAUAUUUUACUAAAUAACUACAUUUAGUAACAUAACAAACAUGGAAAUGGAAAAUAAAGCACGCCACGAAGAUGACGAAUGGGAGAUGUUGGACCAUCCGCCGAAGCUGCUUUCAACCCGUAUAGUUACAAACGUGGCCAAUCGUUACGCCCAAACGCUAAUUUCCAGCCGAAUGCAGAAUGUUAGCUCCAAGGCCCAAGAAGCAACAUUUUCCAUUGUCACGCCCGAUCAAGCGUUUAUUUCUGGAUUUACUUUGGAAAUUAAUGGAAAAUCGUACGAGUCGGUUGUUAAAGAGAAGGAGGAAGCUAAAAAAACUUACGACUUGGAAGUGUUUAGAGGCAGAGGAGCAGCUCAUGUUGCUACAAGUGCCAGAGAUUCAAAUCGAUUUACAGUAUCUGUUAAUAUUGAUCCUCAAAGUAAAGCCGCCUUUCAUUUAAGAUAUGAAGAAUUGUUAGUAAGGAAAAACGACAAAUACGAAAUUGUACUAAACAUGAAUCCUGGACAGUAUGUGGAAGAUUUUGAAGUUGUGGUUAACAUAAAUGAAUCACGGCCUAUGAAGUUUGUGAAAGUGCCCUAUUUGAGAUCGGGUAAUGAAGUUGUAAAGGAUAGCCCCGAUCUAGACCCAGAAGCUGGCGUGACGUCUGUCAAUGAAAAUGGCAGCGCCAUCAACUUUAAGCCUAGUAUUUCCAAACAGAAAUCUUUAUCACGAAGCUUGCACGGUAAAGAAGGAAAUGGACUCGUUGGCCAAUUUGUGGUACAGUAUGAUGUGGUCCGAGAUCCACAAGGUGGAGAGAUAUUAGUCGAUGAAAGUGGAUAUUUUAUACACUUUUUUGCUCCAGAAAAUUUACCACCAUUGCACAAACAAGUUAUUUUUAUCUUAGAUGUCAGUGGCAGCAUGGGUGGAAGAAAAAUUACACAACUUAAAGAAGCGAUGAACAGUAUUUUAGGCGAACUCAAGCCAGAAGAUACGUUCAGUAUUGUUGAGUUUAAUUCCGAUGUUUUAGUUUGGAAUGUACAUACCGUAGAAGUGACUUAUAAGGAGCAAUCAAGAGAAAAUAUCUUUCAGCCAAUAAGGAAUCCUCCUUUACCAGAAAUUCAAAGGGAUAAUAUCUUACCACCUGCUUUCAAAGCUACAGAAGAAAAUAUCAAUAACGCUAAGCGCAUUAUAGGGCAAUUAGAAGCUAUGGGUGGGACCGAUAUUCAAACUGCCCUAAAACUAGGUCUUCAAAUUAUAGCUAAAAGUGAUAAAAAUGACAGCCAACAGCCUAUCAUUGUGUUCCUGACUGAUGGUGAACCUACAGUGGGACAAACUGAUACCAACAUUAUCACUUCAAAGAUUUCUGAACUCAACACAGACAAAGUUCCAAUAUUCAGUUUGUCUUUUGGCGAUGGAGCCGAUAGAGAGUUUCUUCUAAAGCUUUCCUUGAGAAAUCAGGGCUUCACCAAACACAUUUACGAGGCUGCAGAUGCCGCCAUGCAGCUGCAAGAUUUUUACAAGGAAAUAUCCUCACCCCUACUGUCUGACGUAAAUUUCAAAUACAGCGAUGAAGUUACAAACGUCACCAGAAUACAUUUUCCCAUCUUGUUUGGUGGUGGUGAACUAUACACAAGUGGACUGACAAGAAACAUGUUUAAAUCACCACCUGUAGAAGGCAUGGGUUGCAGAGGUCCAGUUACAUUUAUUCCAGUUGUUUCUAAAGUUGCUAACAGUCUAGAACGACUCUGGGCUUAUUUGACUAUAAAAAAACUUCUAGAGCAACGUAAAAUUGAAGACGACAAAGAUCUUACCAAAGAAGCCUUAAGAUUGGCUCUGAAAUACUCAUUUGUCACAGACGUGAGCUCCUUAUUAGUGGUAAAACCUGAUUCGUCUUCGUCGGUAGAUACAGAGGAUGCUUCUAAACCAACCACGACUUCAGGGAAUUCUAGUUAUGCCAGUUCACCAAACUUCAGUCCAACUUCAGUUCACCCAAGGAGUUUAAAAAUGAUGGGUAGAUCAGAGUCUCUAGAAGAGAUGCCUCAGAUGCUUAUGGCUGCAUGUUCAUUUGGUAGCAGUAAAUGUGCGGUUCAUUAUCAGUCUGGACACUCUGCAACUUUAUUUGGUGGUAAAACAGGUUCGUUUGGUUCAUUUAUGAAAUCACUUGGGGGUUUUCGGUCAGCACCAUCUUCAAGUUCAUCUGCUAGUAAUACAGGUGCGGUUCAUCAUGACUCUGCAACUUUAUUUGGUGGUAAAAAAGGUUCGUUUGGUUCAUUUAUGAAAUCACUUGGGGGUUUUCGGUCAGCACCAUCUUCAAGUUCAUCUGAUAGCAAUACAGCAGUCAAAAAAAGAUGCAUCAAGGGUGCGUCAUUCACAAAGAUUAAAAAUUCAAAUGAUGGUUCAAAUCUGGGUGUGUAUGAGCUUCGCCUUGAUAUUUUUGUAGAGAAUAAUUAUGCGAAAUCUAAACUAACUGCAAAAAUUAGGAAUGACAAUAAUACACGAAAUGGAUUUGGUGAAUUUCCCAUUAGGUUGCCAGAUACUGCUUUUAUUUCCGCGGCUUUUAUGGAAAUAAAUGGACAACGAUGCCAAGGUUACAUUCAAGAGGAUUCUAAGGCUAAACAAACUUUCGACAAAAUUAGUCACCUUCAUGAACCAGCACUAAUGAUACAAUUAAAACAUGAUAGUUAUAACACUUAUAAAGUUCAGUUUUAUGUUAAACCUAAAGCUGAAGCUGUUAUUACUGUUGUAUAUGAGGAACGAUUAUCUCGAAACGACAAUAAAUAUGAAAUAAUAACUACAUUAUUUCCGGAGGAAGUUAAUGGAAAUAUAUAUUUUCAGGCUAAGAUUGAUGUGCCUUAUCCGCUUAAGUUUGUCCGUACUACAUCGAAAAAUGAAGCUAGUAUUGUCAAUAUCAAUGAAAAGGUAGUAGAUGUUUUCUUUAAAGAAGACCUGGUCAAAAUUAAGGUAAUCUCAAAUCAAGAUGGAGCACAAUUUGUGAUUCAGUAUGACAUUGAAAACGAUUCGUCUAAUAAUACGAUUUUACUGGACGAUGGACACUAUUUAUUUCCGCCUAAAUCUUUGGACAUGCCUAACCAAAACAAAAUUAUAUAUUUUGUCGUAGAUACCAUGAAUAUCUCAGAUAAAAUUAAAGAAUCGUUGAAGGCAGUAUUAGGCCACCUACAACCAGGAGAUAUGUUUAGCCUUAUUCACAGUGGGACAACCGUUACAUUUUGGGACAUAACUUCAAAUAAAAUUGUAUUAAUGGGAUCAGCGAUUUCUUCAAACGACACUGAAAUCCCUGUACCAAUUGAAGCAUCACAAGAAAAUAUAAGAAAGGCACAAACUAUAAUUGAUAAUUUUGGUACUUCUAAGGAAUCAAACAUAGAGUUGGCUUUGGAAGUUGCUUUAAAAAAUGCGUCUAUACGUACGGAUCAAUUAUACAAACAAGCUAUUGUUUUUUUCAAAAAUACGGAAGAUAGUUUGGCUAUAAUAUUAAUAAGAAAGAUUACGGCUUUGAAUGGUGGAAAAAUUCCCAUUGUAUCAGUAGUCCAAGGAUGUUUAGAAGAUACUGAUGUAUUUAAUAAAAUUUGUCUUCAAAAUUACGGAUUUGCCAGACGCAUUUACGAUUUUAUCGAUAUUGAGUUGCAAUUUGCUGAUUUCAACUUUCAGUUGUCUCAAGCUUUAACAUCAAAUGUUACUUUUAUGGAAGUUUCUGAAAUUUAUGAUUUAGGAUUACCUGAGCUUAUGCCAAAAAAAUAUUCCCGUUAUGAACGCCACCGGAUUUAUGCCGAAGUAAGAGCUGAAAUGGUCAACCGCAAGCAAAUGGCCUAUCUUCUACCAUACGAUAAUAAACGUGAGCUCUUAUAUGGGUUUAUUACCGAUAAAACAGCGCUAGUCAUCCGGAAAUCAUCAAAGAAGCCUUAGAUUUGUGGAGAGUGAUUAUGAAUGCUUAUGCUUAAGUGUUAGAAUUUAUAUACUUAUUUUUAUAAUUUUUAUAUUAUUUAGUUUUAUUGAAGUGAAACUCAAUAAAAAUUCAAGGCCUUUACGAAUCACGCAAACACUAAAAAACAUUUAAUUUAAAGCUAAACAAAUAAUUAUAAUAAACUUGACACUGUACCUGUGUACCAAUAUUCUCUGGUUGUAUGCUAGGAAGUAAAUUUUCAUGCAUAUUUUUAUCCAUAGGUUUCUUGUUUCUGAAUAACGAUCUAGGUAAAAUAUCUAGCUCAUUUGCUAACUCAGAAUUAGAAUUAUUAGAGUUAAGCAACUCGCAUUUUCAUUGGAGGACAUUUUCGAAUUUAUUUCAAACCAAUAAUCAACGAGAAUAUUCGUAUAAUUUAACAAAAUUCCUGCAAACCACUAUAAAUACGAAUUGAUGGUUAGGUUCAAAGAUUUUCCUCUUCUUAAAUAAAUUUAAAUGUUAACAUUAUUACGCAUAUGCAUAAACAAGUGUGUAUUUUGGUAUCCACAAAAUUUGCAGUUGCGGAAACAGAAAAUGCAGAUUACAGAACUAAAUUGAAAAUAAUAUUUAUAUUAAAACAGCAUUAUAAGUCACUUUUUCAAACAUGUCCUUCAAAUCCUUCAA